GCUUCCAGAGUUUCUGACGUCAUGGCCCGAUUCUCCCCUUUAAUGUUUGAAAUAGGCCCGAAAACCAUUUUCACCGCUUACGCAAAAGCUCUUCUCUGUGAGCCUCCAGAAAGUGUCUCCAUCAGCUUUGUAAACCACACUGGGAUGAUGUUUGAGAAUCAGCAGUACACCCUGCAGUGUAGCGUACAGAACGUAGCUCCUGUUCAGAGCCUCACUGUGACCUUCUACAGAGGAAACACAGCACUGGGUCACCUACAGUCCAACAGUGAACAGAAGAAACCAGUGAAUGAGACCUUUACUCUGAACAUCACUCCCAGUAGAGAAGAUGAUGGAGCCCAGUACUGGUGUGAAACCAAGCUGGAGCUGGGACCAGCUGGACCACAGCGCCCUCCAGUGGUGACAUCAGAAAAACUCCCUGCUAUAGUUCACUAUCCUAGCUGCACAGAGUUUCCUGUGUUCACUCCAUCUGCACUGGUAGUGAAGUACGGUGACCCAGCCAAUGUUACAUGUGUUGUAUGUCAGAAGGACUGCAGGGGAGAUUCUUUUGGUUUGGAGACACCUGUAGGAGAAGUUAGACAAAAUGGAACCACGAUGAUCUGGACGGUUGACAGACUGACUGAAUGGGACACAUAUCUCAUCUGUUAUUAUAACACUGAUGAUGGUGUUCAGUGUACUAGCACUGUGGAUAUAACCAUCUACCAGCCUCCAGAAAGUGUCUCCAUCAGCUUUGUAAACCACACUGGGAUGAUGUUUGAGAAUCAGCAGUACACCCUGCAGUGUAGCGUACAGAACGUAGCUCCUGUUCAAAACCUCACUGUGACCUUCUACAGAGGAAACACAGCACUGGGUCACCUACAGGCCAACAGUGAACAUAAGAAACCAGUGAAUGAGACCUUUACUCUGAACAUCACUCCCAGUAGAGAACAUGAUGGAGCCCAGUACUGGUGUGAAACCAAGCUGGAGCUGGGACCACCUACAUCACAGCGCCCUCCAGUGGUGACAUCAGAAAAACUCCCUGCUAUAGUUCACUAUGGGCCUGAGCUAAAGGAGCCACCAAAUCCAGAUGUGAUCACAAUCACAGAAGGAGACACUCUACACCUGAACUGCUCCUCUGUGGGAAACCCCAGCCCCUCAUACACCUGGACACUUCCAACAAAUAGUCCUUCCUACAGUGGCAGCGUUCUCACUAUUAAAUCUGUCGGCUUUGAGCAUGAAGGACAGUAUAUCUGCACUGUGAGCAACACAGUAGGGACUGUCACCAAGGAGUUUAACAUUGAUGUACAAGUUCUAAAAGCCGUCGGCUCGGCCUCGGCUAUCGCCUUCACUGUGACGGUCUACCAUCGCUCGCUGCGCUCCUUCCUGCCUGCCAAAGAAAACCAAAACAUAACCUCAUCAGUCAUCUACUUCAUCUGGAACCUGUUGCCACUGCAUGAGCUCAUCUUGUGUUACAUCCUUAAGAGAGAGACCUGCGGCUGCCUCCUUCCUUUGGCUCCUUGGGUGUCUUUAUCUGAGCAUCACUUUUGCCUCCACUAUGACGCCCCUGAGCCUCCAGAAAGUGUCUCCAUCAGCUUUGUAAACCACACUGGGAUGAUGUUUGAGAAUCAGCAGUACACCCUGCAGUGUAGCGUACAGAACGUAGCUCCUGUUCAGAGCCUCACUGUGACCUUCUACAGAGGAAACACAGCACUGGGUCACCUACAGUCCAACAGUGAACAGAAGAAACCAGUGAAUGAGACCUUUACUCUGAACAUCACUCCCAGUAGAGAAUGA